GCCGGACCCCGGGGGUGCUGCCGGGCGCUGCUCUCUCUUUUUUUUUUUCCCCCACCCAUUUUGUAGAAUAAGAGUCACGCAAAAAUAUGAAGGAGCCCCUGGCUGCCUAUUAAGGAAAGCGGUGAAACAGACUGAAUGUAACAUUGUGGAUUUACAGUGAGCAGAGAUAAGAGUUACUGCCAUUUUCUGUCAGCUUGAACUUCGCCUGCAGCAGAAGUACGCAGGCUGCUUCAAAAUUAAGCGACUUAGCGGUACCUCAUCAAUAGCUUGCAGUGGCAAUGGAGGCAAUGAUGCAGACUGUGUGGUAAUCGCAACAUAAACCAAAAUAUUCCUGGCUGUACAAUACUCUUGCAGUACAAUUCAAUGCCUAACAUUUCAGAAGAGGAAAAGGAGAAUGGGUCUGGAAACAAUGGAAACACUGGAAAGAAACAUGGAAAAGAAUCCCCGGAAGCUUCUCUUCAUGAUUCUGUAAAGCCAUACUGCAUGUCAGAUACCUCCACUGCAUCACUGGUGUCUAGGGGAGAUGGACAUUACCCAUGGGGAUGUCCUGUGACUCAUACACGAGAGAAAUUUUAUACCAUUUGCUCAGACUAUGCUUUUUUAAACAGAGUAACAUCUAUUUGUAAAAGCCCAAGUGCUUCAGUUAGUGCCUGCCUGUCGAGCAGUGCUGCCUUAAAUGUUGGAAAUAACACACCUAGCUUGCUGGGCGUUCAAACUGGUGCUUCAGACAUAAUCUACGGUGAAGAUCCUAACUUGGAAGACUUGUCUGGCAGUCUUGGAAAGCUUCCACUGGCAUGGGAAAUCGACAAGUCAGAGUUCAACAGCAUGACCACAAACCAUAAGAACAAAGCAGGCAAUAUGAAGAAACAAGUGACAAAGAAAAAAUCUGUGGAAAAAAAAAGCAAACAAUACAGGGAGUGUCCUCAGCGCUCUGCUCUUGAGGAUGUGAAGGAGAGGAAAGUGUUGGACCUCCGGAGAUGGUAUUGUAUUAGCCGACCUCAGUAUAAGACUUCUUGUGGAAUUUCUUCAUUAGUAUCUUGCUGGAAUUUCUUAUAUAGUACGCUGGGAGCUGGCAGUUUGCCACCUAUUACUCAAGAAGAAGCUUUACACAUACUGGGUUUUCAACCCCCAUUUGAAGACAUUAGGUUUGGUCCAUUCACUGGAAAUACAACUUUAAUGAGAUGGUUUAGGCAAAUAAAUGAUCACUUCCAUAUCAAGGGAUGCUCAUAUGUUCUGUAUAAACCUCAUGGGAAGAACAAGACAGCUGGAGAAACUGCCUUGGGAGCCCUCGCAAAGCUAACACAUGGACUGAAAGAGGAAUCAAUGGCCUACAUCUACCAUUGCCAGAACCAUUAUUUUUGUCCAAUUGGAUUUGAAGCAACCCCAGUAAAAGCUAGUAAAGCAUAUAGGUUGCUGGAUUUGGACUCGGGAGACCUGGGUUCAGUUCCCAGUUCAACCACAGACUUCCAGUGUGACUUUAGAGGUCGUGUCUUGCAGCAAGAAGUAGAGUAUUGGAUCUUAAUUGGAGAGCCCAGCAGAAAACAUCCAACGAUACACUGUAAAAGGUGGACAGAUAUUGUCACUGACCUAAAUACCCAAAAUCCAGAAUAUCUAGAUAUUCGACACCUAGAGAGAGGAUUGCAGCAUCGAAAAACAAAGAAGGUUGGAGGAAAUCUUCAUUGCAUCAUUGCCUUUCAGAGACUUAACUGGCAAAGAUUUGGUCCUUGGAAUUUUCCGUUUGGAAAUGUCAGGCAGGAUAAACAAUCCCAAACACAAGGACAAGGUAUCGCCAAAUCUGAGAGUGAAGACAAUAUCUCUAAAAAACAACAUGGACGACUGGGUCGAUCUUUCAGUGCCGGUUUCCAUCAGGAAUCUACGUGGAAAAAAUCUAAUCUUCAUGAGAGGAGGAACAGCGGGUAUCAGAGCUAUAAUGAUUAUGAUGGAAAUGAUUAAAAUUAACUUUAGAUAAUAGAGUUGAUAUAUCAAAGUUAGUUUUAAUCAAGAUAUGGUAGGGAUUUAUUAGUCCUAGGUUAUGUACGAAUAAAAAUUAUUAAGAUACAGCUUCAUUAUUAUUGAAUAAAUCUGAUUAUAUGGUUGCAAUGGAUGAGAUCUGAUACAUAAACUGACAUUAAGCACAGAUUGUUGUACUUUUGUAAUCAAAAGCAAAUAUGACAGCAAAAACCAAUCACUUAUUUUGAAAUAAUUGUACUAUAUCCUGAGCUGUGAAGACAAAAGAGCAGAUUGAAAUUAGUCAAUGUAAUAAUCAGACUUAAUUGAAAAUACUUAAUACUCAAAAGCAUGAAAAUGUAAUAUGGCUUCACAAAAAAGGGUUAUUCUGCAUAUGGUGUAAGGAUAAAAGUAAAUAAUUGCCUUUCUUUUCAACAGUCCAUUUUAUUAAAGCUGCUGAUACGCAGUGCAAAGAAAAAUCACAAAGGUUGGAAAAACACCUUGUCAGAUUUACAAAGUGAAUGUAUGUUCUCAGUCUAGUUCCCAGUAGAGUUCUGUCAGUCAGAUAAUCAUAUUCUGUCAAGUAGUUCCCAGUUCCUUUUCCCUUAUCUGGAUGCCUGUUUUAGGCUGAGGGGAAUCACUGGUGCCAGGGAAGGUUCGGGGAUGGGACAUUCUUUGCUGCUUUUGCUCUGUGGGUACAGUAGCUGAUUUCUUAUCCUGGGAGCUUGAGAGCACUGACUCGCUUAACACAAGCUUGGGAAAUUCAGUUUUAUAAAGCUGCAUUUCCCAUUAGCCCAAGGAGCUGGCUGAACACAGGGUUCUCUUGGCAGUUCUUUUCCUUGUUCAAUCUUAAAACUGUUGUUUUUGUGCUGCUCUUUUACUUUUGUAUGAUGGUAAUGCAAGUGCCGAAAACUGCUGGCAGUCCUUACGAUAUACUGAGGGUCCUGGUGGACAGUGGGAUGACCACAAGCCAGCACUGUGCCCUUGUGGCCAAGAAGGCCAAUGACACCCUGGGGUGUGUCGGAAGGGGUGUGGUUAGUAGGUCGAGACAGGUUCUCCUCCCCCUCUACUCUGCCCUGGUGAGACCACAUCUGGAAUAUUGCAUCCGGUUCUGGGCCUCUCAGUUCAAGAAGGACAGGGAACUGCUUGAGAGAGUCCUGUACAGAGCCACGAGGAUGAUUAAGGGAGUGGAGCAUCUCCCUUACAAGGCAAGGCUGAGGGAGCCGGGUCUCUAGCUUGGAGAAGAGGAGACUGAGGGGUGACCUUAUUAACAUUUAUAAAUAUAUAAAGGACGAGUGUCAGGAGGAUGGAGCCAGGCUCUUCUCAGUGAUACCCAAUGAGAGGACAAGGGGCAAUGGGUGCAAGCUGGAACAUGGGAGAUUCCGCUUAAAUAUGAGACAAAACUACUUUACGGUGAGGGUGACAGAGCACUAGAACAGGCUGUCCAGGGGGGUUGUGGAGUCUCCUUCUCUGGAGACUUUCAAAACCUGCCUGGACGUGUUCCUGUGUGACCUGAUGUAGGUGUUCCUGCGCCGGCAGGAGGAUUCGACUAGGUGAUCUUCCAAGGUCCCUUCCAAUCCCUAACAUUCUGUCAUUCUGUGAUACCUCUAGAGGGCCAGCAAACGAUUCAGGUUUUUCCAGGUGUCCGCGUGCAGUCCCUUUGUUUUUUCCCUCCCCGGUUUGGGGUUCAUUCAGGUGUUUGCCCAAACGCAUCUCAGCAGUUGUACCUUUGUGUGUGUGAACGUUCGUACCUGCUCAAGGAUUCAUUUCUUCGACAUAAACUGAUUUCUCAUGGAACGCAGGGUUUUUGUAGGUUGCUGCUUUUGUUAAACCAAAAACGGGAUACUUUCAGACUUUCGCUCAUUCAAUAAAAUUUGUUUUCUACUUUG